AUGGCUACACGACCACACCAGAUCUUUCCGCGCGAGGCAAUCCAAAGUUGUCUUCCUGAACUUCUUCUGGCCUCCAACAGGACCGAAUCCUCCGCAAUGCAUAGGAUUACCUAUGUUGGCCCUCUACAUCAAUGGUUGAAUUUCGAGGCAAAAGGCUUCAUCCACCCCACUGUCGUUCCGCACGACCACGCCCUAGACCACCCGGCUUACCGAACGCCAAUGAUCACAAUCACCUCCAAAAAAGCUCACUCAAACGUGAAGAUUGUCCCUACCACCCAGCCAGCUGACGGUGACGCUGCCUGGCGCUUAACUUCGUUUGGUGUCGACGAGACGGGAGGAGGUGUCGUAGCCGAUGAAACGGGCCUUCAGGGACGGUUCGAACAGGCUUUGGGCCAAGUCCUUGGAGGGAUCUUCAGGGCGGAGGGAGUGAAUAUGCUCUCUGCCAACUUCAAGUCGGCUGGUACUAGCUACAACAAGAGCCCAGAUAUACGAGUUGCCUUUCACGAUACUAAGAUGUUCCGUCGCUAA